AAUAAAAAAUCGGUAUAACGCGGCCGGGUCGAGUUGAGAGUCUGUUCACUCGCGACUCGCGAUUCCGAAGCGAUUUCCUAUAGCCUCCUAAGGCCGAACGAUUCCGCCGCCGGCAAGUCCUUUCGCCGCCGGUGGUUCAACUCCGAUUUAGAUCGUUUACCUUUCAUUGAGCAUUGCAUUGAGGUCAGGGCACACUGUUACUUACAUCAUUGUUGUCGCGACAGAGAAGGCUCUCAGAUUGCUUGACUUGUAAUUUGAAAGUUUUAAUUUCCUUGUAUUCAGUACCAAUGCAAAUGUGAGUGGCAUUAUAAUUGCUCUGUUUUGGACGUAAUGGCUCCAAUACGUUCCACUGGAUUUGUUGAUCCUGGUUGGGAUCAUGGCAUAGCCCAGGACGAGCGGAAAAAGAAGGUUAGAUGCAAUUACUGUGGCAAAAUUGUUAGUGGUGGGAUAUACAGAUUAAAGCAGCAUUUAGCUCGAGUUUCAGGGGAAGUAACAUACUGUGAAAAGGCUCCUGAUGAAGUCUACCUAAAAAUGAAGGAAAAUCUUGAAGGCUGUCGUUCCCAUAAAAAACAAAAGCAAGUUGAUGCACAAGCAUACAUGAAUUUUCACUCAAAUGAUGAUGAAGAUGAGGAAGAGCAAGUUGGGAGUAGAAGCAAAGGUAAGCAAUUGAUGGAUGAUCGAAAUGUAUCUGUAAAUUUGACUCCUCUUCGCUCCUUAGGAUAUGUUGACCCAGGCUGGGAACAUGGUGUUGCUCAAGACGAGAGAAAGAAGAAAGUUAAAUGCAAUUAUUGUGAGAAAAUUGUUAGUGGUGGUAUAAAUCGGUUUAAACAACAUUUGGCUAGAAUUCCUGGAGAGGUAGCACCUUGUAAAAAUGCUCCAGAAGAAGUUUAUCAGAAAAUAAAAGAAAAUAUGAAAUGGCAUCGUACUGGGAGGAGACUUAGGCGACCUGAGGCUAAGGAACUGAUGCCUUUCUAUGCAAAAUCCGACAAUGAUGAUGAUGAGUUUGAACAAGUAGAAGAUGCUUUGCAUCAUAUGAACAAAGAAACUUUGAUGGAUGUUGAUAAGAGAUUCUCUAAAGAUGUAAUGAAGACCUUCAAGGGAAUGCCACCCAGUACUGGUCCUGAACCUUUAUUGAGAAGAUCAAGAUUGGAUAAUGUUUACCUGAAAUUGCCCAAGAAUCAGACUCCUCAAACUUACAAACAAAUAAAAGUUAAGACAGGGCCCACUAAGAAAUUACGAAAGGAAGUUAUUUCUUCAAUUUGCAAAUUCUUUUACCAUGCAGGGAUUCCUGUACAGGCUGCAGACUCUCUAUAUUUUCAUAAAAUGCUGGAAAUGGUUGGUCAAUAUGGACCAGGACUGAUAUGCCAACCAAGCCAACUAAUGUCUGGCCGCUUUUUGCAGGAGGAAAUCAAUUCUAUUAAAAGUUACCUUGUUGAAUACAAGGCUUCCUGGGCAGUUACUGGUUGCUCUAUAAUGGCAGAUAGUUGGAUAGAUAAACAGGGUCGGACAAUCGUUAACUUUCUGGUUUCUUGUCCUCAUGGUGUAUACUUUGUUUCUUCAGUUGAUGCCACUAAUGUAAUAGAAGAUGCACCAAAUUUAUUUAAGCUUCUCGACAAAGUAGUGGAAGAAGUGGGUGAGGAAAAUGUAGUGCAGGUAAUAACUGAAAAUACUCCUAACUAUAAAGCUGCUGGAAAAAUGCUCGAAGAGAAGAGAAGGAAUUUGUUCUGGACCCCUUGUGCCACUUAUUGUAUUAAUCGAAUGCUUGAAGAUUUUUUGAAAAUAAGAUGCGUGGAAGAGUGCAUGGAAAAGGGUCAAAAAAUUACAAAACUAAUUUACAAUCAAAUAUGGUUGUUAAAUCUUAUGAAAAGUGAGUUCACCGAGGGGCAGGAGCUUCUAAAACCAGCUACCACCCGGUUUGCCUCUAGCUUUGCUACACUACAGAGCUUGUUAGAUCAUAGAGUUGGUCUCAGAAGAAUGUUUCUUUCUAAUAAAUGGAUUUUGUCCAGAUUCUCCAGCUCAAAUGAGGGGAAAGAGGUGGAAAAAAUUGUUUUGAAUGUUACAUUUUGGAAGAAAAUGCAGUAUGUUAGGAAGUCAAUAGAUCCGAUAAUGCAAGUACUAAAAAAACUUUAUAGUGGUGAGAGCUUGUCAAUGCCAUAUAUAUAUAACGAUAUGUACAGGGCAAAAUUUGCAAUCAAAUCUGUUCACGGUGAUGAUGCACGUAAAUAUGAACCCUUCUGGAAGGUGAUAGAUAGUCAUUGGAACUCUCUGUUCUGUCACCCUCUUUAUUUGGCUGCAUACUUCUUAAACCCCUCAUACAGAUAUCGUCAGGAUUUUGUGCCGCAUUCUGAGGUAGUACGAGGGCUCAAUGAAUGCAUUGUACGGCUGGAGUCAGAUAAUAUGAGACGGAUAUCUGCAUCAAUGCAGAUAGCUCAUUAUAAUUCUGCACAAGAUGACUUUGGAACUGAAUUGGCAAUUAGCACAAGAACUGGUCUAGAACCAGCUGCUUGGUGGCAACAACAUGGAAUAAGUUGCUUAGAGUUGCAAAGAAUAGCUGUACGGAUAUUAAGUCAGACAUGCUCGUCCUUUGCAUGUGAGCAUGAUUGGAGUAUAUAUGACCAGAUACAUUGCAAAAGACAAAAUCGUCUAUCUCAGAAAAAAUUGAAUGACGUUAUAUAUGUUCACUACAAUUUGAGACUUAGAGAAAGCCAACUAAGAAAAAGGUCCAGGGACUCAAAGUUGUCCUCUGUUGACAGUGUUCUGCAGCAAGCUCAUUUACUUGAUGAUUGGAUAAUAGAUGAUAAUGUACAAAGCUCUGAUGUUGAUAAGAAUAUUCUUUUUGGAGUUGAACUAGAUGAUGAAUAUGAAAAUGAUUCAAUUGAUUACGAUGAUGGAAGUGCUAGGUCUCUAAAGGGAUCCCUUGAGCUGGUGACUAUGGCUGACUUAGCUGUAGGGUCACCAGAUGUAGAUCAUGCUAACAUGGAUGCUGCAACUGAUGAUGAGUCUGAUAUGAAUUAUUUUGAUGAUGAUUUGAGCGAGUAAUUAAUUUACAUGGUUCUCAUUUCGGAAGAAUAAUUAUCUGGUCACCUGGUUGCGAAUCGUGAACCCGUGCUUAUUAUUUUGCAGUGAAAAAUCAAGAUUAUCAUAUUGGUGCGUGAAGUCAUAUUUAUUUUAUAUUUUCGAGUCCUAAUAGUCAUAUAUACCCAUCAAUGUUAUUGGAAGCUAAGAAAUAUAAAGCGAAAGCUAGCAUCUCGAA